UUUGCGUCAAUGGUAAAGAAGCUAUUUUAAUUUCGAAUUUUGGAUGACCCUGAUGUACUCUAUUAAGUGUACGAUAUACGCUGGCAUUUCGUGUCGACAAGUGAAUAACGAAAUAAAACGUUUUUAGAAAAAGAAAAUAUAAUGUCGAAGAUGAAUGAACCACCAAAAUAUUAUGGAAAAAGAAGAAGCAUUGUUCGUAGAAUUGGUUCAAUGUUACCAUUGAAACCACCCCCAAAAAUAUAUGUCAGUGUUACACCUUUACAUUCAAUGACAAAUUCUAUGAUUAAUGAGGAAACUAGUGGUGAUUAUGCAGAUACAAAUGGAUAUGGGCCUGCAAGAUUAUCUAAUGUUAGACCAGAUUUAUUGGAGCCUAUUAGUUUUGGAUCUGAAGUUCGAUUACUUGCUUUAGAGCAAGAGCUUCAGGAACUUAGGGAACAAGUUUCAGCAAUAGUUAAAAGUAAUAAACAAUCUAGAUAUACCUCUACUGCUUCUUUAAUAAAUGGAAUAGACAGUGAAAAUAUAAUACAAUCACAACCACCACCUCCACCACCACCUCCACCGUUACCACCACCAACACCACAUAUUGCAAGAAGAGCAAGUUUGCAGGAUCAUAAAGUUGAAGAUCGUAAAAGAGGUCCAUUUGCUUCUCAAACAUCUAUGACAGAUGUAUUGAAAGAUAUUGACAAUGCAAAAUUAAAGCCAGUUGCUAGAUCACCUGGAGGACGACCUCUUUGCAUAAAACGAGACAAUAGUCCAUGUAACGAUUUACAAGAAAUACUUAGAAGACGUUAUAUUGCAAUGAAUUCAGCCGAUAGUAGAAAUUCUUCAGCUAAUUUGACAAUGAAUGACUCUUUCUCAAGUGAUGUGUGAAACUGAAUGUUUUUUAAUGUGCAUUGUGGGCAAUGAAGGUGACAUAUAACAAUUUGGAUAAUAUUAAUGACAAGAUAAUAUGUUUGA